AUGCUCCUGCUCCCGGAGGACCUACCAGUGGAUUUGGGACUCUUGGCCACCGCCCUGCUCCACCGCCACCUUCUGCUGGUUCAGAGUUGCGUAUCACGCAUGAACCUUACGCUGAACCUUCGCGUUCGGGAGUACUUUUUAGUGAAAAAGUCGAUAUUCACUCUGAUCCGGAAGCUGCUGCUGCUGCACAAUCAGGUCGUAUCACAGACGCUCAGAAACAGGCCGCUGAUGCUGUCGAUGGUCCAAAGCGCAGACCAGGUCUCUUCCUCCGCAUUUAUAAUGCGUGGCGGAGGACCUACUGUCCCAUUGAGGAGCCCGCUUUGA